AACCCGAUGUUUGACCGUUAACUUGGACGGUCAAACGCGUUGACUAAUGGUCAACGCGCCACGUCACUGCCAAGUUAGAAGAUCUGAUAAAUAUUUAAUUUUUUUGUUUUUUAUUUUUGGUUUAACUAAGGUAUUAGAUGAUUUUUUUUAAUUUAUAAUAAUUUAAAAUUAGAGAAUGUGUGGAAAUUGUGAAUUAUUUUAAAUUUUUUAUGUUGACUUGGCAGUGGCAUGGCGCGUUGACUAACGGUCAACGCGUUUGACCGUCCAAGUUAACGGUCAAAAGUCGGAUCUGGACAAAUUGUUUAUUUUGGUGUAUAGUUCGGGCCAGGAUGUUAUAGAUCGAAAAGAUUGGACAGGAUGUUUAUUUUGGUCAAAGUUCAGGCCAUACGAAAAUAUUAUCCCUAUGAUUAAACAUUCAUUCAAUAUGAAAAAUUAACCUAAUUGAUAUAACUAUCCUUCAAUACGAUUGAUCGAAACUUUUCUUGAAUACGGACAAUUAAUUCAAUCGAUGAAAGUUUCCUACCAUACGGGUAAUCAAUUCGAUUGGUUGAAAAAUUCUUUCAAAACGAACAAUUAAUCCAAAUUGAAUGCACUUAUAUCUUUUUCUAGAGUUUUCCUUCUUUAAAUUUUUACAAACUAUUCUUAUUUUUCAACAAACGCCUAAUUAAUGAGAAGAAAAGGAAUAUUUGAGAGGGCAUAACAACAUGAGCCCACGAGAAACCACUUGGUUCUGUACACCUAAUUGGAACACAUCGACAGUUAGCAUCCUUAACUAAACCAAAUUUUCGUAACUGGCAUAUUCUGUAGUAGGCAUGGAACGUGAAAUGACUAGAAUAACCCGAUUUGGCAGCGUCAGCAGCAGCCCCCCUGCUUUUGUAGUGAAAUUGUUUCUUCUUCCAAAAUUUACCGUGUGGCAUUGCAUGCCAAUCCUUCCUUCUACAUUUCAGAAGAAGCAAUAAAUUCCGUAAUUCCCAUCCCUUUCAGGUUCUGUCGACUCUUCCAGCAGGGAAAAUGGAAAAGAAAACGAAGGCCACAAACGCGCAAAUCGCCAAUACCAAACCUGCAGUCUGCAGCUUUCCUCUUAUCGUCUCAGCACCCAUCACCCCAUAAUUUAGGAAAGGCCCAGCCAGCCAACCAAAUCAGCUUAAACCUCCAGUCCUCCACAUCCCACAAAAACUUGGCAACACUUGCACCUCUCGAUCACAAUGUGGAAAACAUAACCCAACACCAUUCCCAUCUCCUUAUCCUUCCUUUCUCCCCUCCUCUGCUUCACAAGGAACAACCACCACCGCAAUGGCUGCCGCUGCCAAUUCACCUUCCUCCAGCAGGCGAAACUCCAACACCCAGCUGCUGGAAGAGCUGGAAGCACUCAGCCAAUCCCUCUACCAGACCCACACUGCUUCCACCGCCAGGAGAACCAACUCCCUCGCCCUCCCCAGAACCUCACUCCCUUCCAUCCUCUCCACCGACGAAAUCAUCAAACCCUCCUCCGACGCCGCCGCCGUCGCAAACAGCAGCAGCAGCAGCAGAUCCGCCUCCCGCCCCCGCACCAGGCGCAUGUCCUUGUCCCCCUGGCGCUCCAGACCCAAGCUCGACGACGACGACGUCGUCACCGUCAAAACCACCGUCAAACCUGAUGAUGGCAAGAAGCUGGACGACGGCAAAGCAGCAGAGAAGAAAGGAGGGAUUUGGAACUGGAAGCCGAUUCGAGCGCUCUCCCACAUUGGUAUGCAGAAAUUGAGCUGUUUAUUCUCCGUCGAAGUGGUAGCCGUACAAGGGCUUCCUUCCUCCAUGAAUGGGCUCAGGCUCUCCGUCUGCGUCAGGAAGAAGGAGACCAAAGAUGGUUCCGUUCACACCAUGCCUUCCCGGGUCUCCCAGGGCGCCGCGGAUUUCGAAGAGACGCUUUUCAUCAAGUGCCACGUCUACUGCUCUUCUUCUUCUGCUGCUGCUGCUGGAAAUACCACCAACAGCAGCAACAACAAGCAGCUGAAAUUCGAGCCGAGGGUUUUCUACAUCUAUGUCUUCGCCGUCGAUGCAGAGGAGCUCGAUUUCGGGAGGAGCUCGGUGGACUUGAGCGAGCUGAUUCAGGAAUCCAUGGCCAAGAACCUGCAAGGAACCAGGAUUCGUCAGUGGGACACCACGUUCACGCUGGCUGGCAAGGCCAAAGGAGCUGAGGUUGUCCUGAAGCUAGGGUUUCAGAUUAUGGAGAAGGAUGGUGGGAUUGACAUCUACAGCCAAGCUUCUCAAGAUCAAGGGGCGAAAGCCAGUGGUAGUAGUUUAGUGAAGAGCUUUACGCCUUCUUUUGGGCGUAAACAGUCCAAAAUGUCUUUCAGCGUGACUAGUCCUCGGAUUACUAGUCGCGCUGAAGCUUGGACUCCUUCGCAGGCCAGAAUUCCAGCUGAUCUUCAGGGGAUUGACGAUUUGAAUCUCGACGAGCCAGCUCCUGUUGUUGUUCCUCAACUUCCUCCUUCGUCAGGUCAGAAGAAGGAUGGUGAGCGAAAAGUGGAAGAAGAGGUUGACCUUCUUCCAGAGUUUGAGGUGGUGGAUAAAGGAGUGGAGAUUUCUCAGGACAAGGAAGAAGAGAAGAGUGGUGGAGAUGGAGAUGGAGAUGCCGAUUCUGUGGGGAACUCGGAAGGGAAGUCCGUUUCUAGCGAAGUCGUCAAGGAAAUCGUGCAUGAUCAAGUUCACUUGAACCGAUUGUCUGAGCUUGACUCCAUAGCUCAGCAGAUUAAAGCUUUGGAAUCCAUGAUGAGAGAAGAGGAAAAUGAUGAUGGUGAUGAUGAGGCUGAAUCACAGAAGCUGGAUGCGGAUGAAGAGACAGUGACGAAAGAGUUUCUUCAAAUGCUUGAAAAUGAAGGAGAAGGGAUGGAUGGAGUCCAGUUCAGUAAUUUCAGCCAAUUACCUGAAAUCCAUUAUGAUUCAGCUGAAGCUGAUUCUGAUUCUUCCCAAGCCUAUGUCUCGGAUCUCGGGAAGGGACUCCGCUGCGUGGUUCAAACCCGGGAUGGAGGUUACUUGGUGGCCAUGAACCCACUCAAUGAUGUUAUUGUGACUAAAAAGGAGACUCCAAAGCUCGCGAUGCAGCUAUCCAGACCACUCGUUCUUGCAUCAACACAGCAGCAGUCUUCCUCAUCCUUUAGUGGGUUCGAGUUGUUUCAGAAGAUUGCUGGUGUUGGAUUUGAAGAGCUGAGUUCACAGAUUCUGUCUACAAUGCCGCUGGACGAGCUGAUGGGGAAAACAGCAGAGCAAGUUGCGUUUGAAGGGAUAGCCUCUGCAAUCAUCCAAGGGAGGAACAAAGAAGAAGUAGCAACCUCGAGUGCUGCGAGAACCAUUGCUUCGGUGAAGACUAUGGCAAAUGCAAUGAGCUCAGGGAGGAAAGAGAGGAUCUCGACAGGGAUAUGGAACGUGAGCGAGGAACCUUUGACUGCCGAGGAGGUGUUGGCUAUUUCAUUGCAGAAGAUUGAAGCGAUGGCCAUUGAAGGAUUGAGAAUCCAGGCUGAAAUGGCUGAUGAAGACGCUCCCUUUGACGUCUCUCCAGUUCAGGGAAGCCAAGUUCUGGAAACUGCAAUUCCUUUGGAAGACUGGAUAAGGAGAAGUGAGAAGUCGGGAGAGAGUGAAGAGACGAUCACUAUAGCUGUUUGUGUCCAGCUACGGGAUCCGUUGAGGCGAUAUGAAGCAGUUGGAGGGCCUAUUUUGGUUAUCAUCCAUGGAGGUCGAGCAGUUGAUGGAAAUGAGAAGAAGUACGAAGACGAAGAAGAGAAGAAGUUCAAGGUGAGGAGCUUACAUCUUGGAGGGAUGAAGGUGAGAAGUAAAGGGAAGAGGAAUGCGUUUGAUACAGAGCGGCAAAGGUUGACUGCCAUGCAAUGGCUGGUAGCUUAUGGAAUUGUGAAGGGAGGCAAGAAGGGGAAGGUCGCAACUGGGAAAGAGCAGGAUGUGUUGUGGAGCAUUUCUUCCAGAAUAAUGGCGGAUAUGUGGCUGAAAUCGAUGAGGAAUCCUGAUGUUAAGCUGGUGGUUCGGUAGGGGAUGUAAAAAGGAUUCUUUGAUACGAUGAAAACAAAACUACAGAUAAUAUUGGAACAGUG